CAGUAAAAGAAAUUAUGUCUGACUGGGACUCUACUACCGUUAUCCGCAAGCGUGCCGACAAGGUCAAGGUUGCUCGCACAGAGGCUGAAAUCAACGCCGCACGAAGAGUUGGAGCUGCCAUCUCCACUGAGAAGAAGACCUCUACCAACGCUGGUCACGCCAACACUGACCAUCAGCGUAUCGCCAAGCUUGACCGUGACAACGAUGUUGCCCCUCCUCCCAAGGUUGACGUUUCUGUCGGUAAAGCUAUUCAGAAGGGUCGUCAGGAGAAGAAAUGGACCCAAAAGGACUUGGCACAGCAGAUCAACGAAAAGCCUCAGGUGGUCAACGAAUAUGAGUCUGGUAAGGCUAUCCCUAACCAGCAGGUUCUUGGCAAGAUGGAGCGCGCUCUCGGUAUCAAGCUGAGAGGCAAGAACAUCGGCGACCCUCUUACCUUUGGCAAGAAGUAAAUUAUAAAAAAUAAUAAUAAAUGUACAAAUCACCCAAUUUUAUCUAUAU